AUGUUGCCGAUUCUGACAGGCGUGGCACUGUCAUUCUUGUUCGCUCUCGCAUCAGCACAUGGGCGCAUUGCGCAAAUCACAACCUCGACCGGCCACGUCUAUAAAGGCUGGGACCCCGAGUCCUCCAAAUCCCUGACACCACCCUCUCCGCUCGCUGCAUGGUCCGCCGCCAACCUGGGAAACAUCUAUGUAUCGCCCUCGCACUUCAACACGUCCAACAUGACAUGCCACGACAAUGCUAUCCCCGGCGCGCUCCACGUCAACACAACUGCCGGCGACACGCUCAAGGUCAAAUGGAACGAAUGGCCCGUCUCGCACGUGGGGCCUGUAAUGACCUAUGUCGCCAAGUGCAACGGCAGCUGCGCCGAGGCGAAAAAGGACGACUUGUUGUGGGUCAAGAUUGACGAGCUAGCAUGGUUGAAUAGUACCGGGUGGGACAAGUUGGAACUGGGCGGCACCUGGGCGACCGACGUGCUCAUUGCCAACAACUUCACCUGGAUUGUCCGGCUUCCCGAGCUGCUUGAGGCAGGCAACUAUGUCAUGAGACAAGAGAUCAUCGCAUUGCAUGUAGCAGAAAAGCUCGAUGGAGCGCAGGCAUACCCCCAGUGCGUAAACCUGCGUGUGGCGCCAGGGAAGAGCCGGCCGGCAAGGAGCAUCGAUGGCGGGGUACCAGGCACCAAACUCUAUGGGCCCAAGGACGAGGGUAUACUAGUCAGUGUCCAUGGGCGGAUUGAUGGGUACAAGACGCCAGGCCCCAGGCUCUGGCGCAACGCAACACCAGCACGGCAGCCGUGUCAAUAG